AUGCUGCCGCCCUCCACAAUCUCCAUCCUCAUCCUCACCACACCCACACCAUCCCCGCAGAGCUGUGGAAGGGUCAAAAGCCGUCCGUCCGCCCUCUUCGUGUAUGGGGGUGCACUUCCUAUGUCCUCCUCAACUCCCAAGCCCGUCGUGCAGCUGGCGGCAAGCUUGCUCCGAAAACAAUCACUUUCUCCUUCUCCUCCGCCUCUUUCUCUUACUUGGGCUGACUUUGACAGCCUUCCUCCUGCCACCACUCCAUCUCCUCUUCCCGCUCCCUCCACAGUUUCCGACCCCCCGUCACCCGCUUCCCCAUCCAGCACCACGCAGUCUCCCCCGCUCCUUCCCGCCCCCGAGCCCAUUCCUCUCAAAACCUACCAACGCCGUCCUCCUGCUGCUGCUCCUGCUCCUGAUCCACCUCCUGCUCCUGAUCUGGCUCCUGCUCCUGAUUCAGCUGCUGCUCUUGAUGCUGCCACUACACCUCCUGCUUCUCCUCCUCCAGCUCCGCCUCCCUCCCCCAUCGCUGGUCGCACCCGCUCGCACAAAGCUCCCAAGCCUCUUUCCCUUUCCAUUCGUGUCUCUCUCAAUCCUCCUCCUGCCGGGGGUGAUUAUUCGCUCAUGACCUCCCUUCUUGAGGACAGACAUGAGUUGAUUGACAUUGACUCAGCCAUACACGCGCUCUGCUCCCUCUUUCCAGAUAUCGCAGAAUCUCCCACCCUCAACUUCUCGGACAACCCCUCCCAUCCCCACACCUCUCACCUAUGCUGA